AUGACGAGCUGCGGCCUCCUGAACAGUUCCAACGAGCCGGGCACAAGAGCUGUACGGAGACGCUUGUUCUUGCUGCAGCAGGAGGGGGCCGGGGGCGACGUUUUCAGCUGCUCCCUGGGUAACCUGCCCCCUGGGGAGGAGGCGGCGCUGACCCUGCGCUACGUCUGCGAGCUGCCGCUGGAGCCCGAUGGAGCCACCCACUACGUGUUGCCAGCUGUGCUGUGCCCCCGCUACACGCCCCAUGGUGAGAUCCACAGAUCUCCCUGCUCCCGCCCACGUGCCCAUUUUCGCAGCCAGGCAUUUGCCUCCAGGAUGCAUCUGUCUCUGCCUGGGCCCCAUGCUCACUCCGUCUUUCUCUCUGCAGGGUGGGAUGGGGAGGACGUCACCCAGGGGGUCCCGCGAGUCCCCCAGGGGGAGCUGCCCUAUACCCUGAGCCUGAGCGCCACGCUGCAGUCGCCCCACAGCAUCGACCGCGUGCUCUCCAACUGCUCUCUCACCCCCCUGAGCUACACGGCUGGGAACCGGACCACCGCCCAGGUGUCUCUGGCUGAGGCCCCCCCGUGGGACCGAGACGUGGAGCUGCUGGUGUAUUACGCGGAGUCGCACAAACCCAGCGCGGUGCUGGAGGUCGGGUUGCCCGGAGCAGAGCCGG